AUGGCGACCUUUAAUAGUAAGCUACAGCAAAUCACAGAAGAAAUUACAGCUGUUCGCGGCAAGCUCCAAGUUCCCAGGGCCAAUCGGAAUGGUCGGGACGACCAAGAUACACCUGACUAUGAGACACAAAAACUUGUCAAGCAGCUAGCCGAGCUGGUCUCGCAACAACGUGCCCUGUUUCAAGGCUAUAACCAAGUUGUCCAGAAAGAGGAAGAAUACGCAGCAGGGCUGGAGAGAGAGAGGCAACAGGGCUAUGCCGAAGUCGCACAGCUUGAGAAGAUUGUGGCCAAUUUGCGGGCAAAGCUACCCCAGGCCGGAGCGAGCUCAUCGCCUGAUGUCCUUACAAUGGACGCCUCUGCAGCUAAUCAGGCCUCUGUUAGCAAUAGCACUGGCCAUGUCGGGCAUGAGGAGCAGUCUUCCGGUAUGUCAGACAACGCGAAUGUGCCGGCAGCAGAAACCCCCCGACGCCACGGACGCCGUGGAAGUUCCAUUGUUGUUGACACCAGCAGUAUUAGAGCGCAUGAAGAAAGGCCAAAGGACCUGGCAUCGGAACGACGGGAGAGAAAGCGCAAACAUAGAGUGAGCCAGGCGGCCUCGGGAGACAAGGUGGCAAAAAGGAGAAAUACGGCAAACGCCAGACUGCUGGACGUGGACAGACCAUUCACGGCGACCUUGGCCUCGAACUGGACAGAGGAUCCGUGGAUCAGCGACAAUGGCACCGUCGAUUUCCGCAACUUAUAUCACAAUGGUGAAGUGGUGUCAUACUGCAUGGUCCUCGAGUAUCCACCCGAGAGCGACCGAUUUUACAUCUUCUACUGUCAAAUUCACGACCAAUUCAUGAAAAACAUUCCUCUCAACGGGGCAAGACGACACUUGAGGAGACACGAGAUGUAUGAGUCCGAGCCAGAUGAAGUCAUGGUUGAAAUGUUUGGCGUCCGGGUCCUGAACUGCACCCAGGAUCUAGCCAAGGAGUACAACGAUGCCAUCUACCCGCAUUUCAAGGCAAAAACAUGGCGCUCCAGGCAAAAGAAGAAGGCGGCAGCGAGAGGGACAAAUCAAUCCAACGGUUAUGAUGAUGCUGUCAACAAUGCAUAUAGCACACCGACGAGAGCGCCUCUUCGGUCGCUGAUUCCCCCAGCCAGGCGAUCAUCUCGUCAGUGCGUAUCAAGCCAUACCCUCGGGACGAGACACUGGGAGACUUUGAUUACAAAUCCCAAAGUGGGCGGGAUAUACUGCCUGACCUGGCACAGAGAUGACAGAAAUUAUGCCGUGAUUGUACUGCCGAUUGGGUCCUUCGAGCCGGUCGGAAUUCCGGGCAGUAUCCUGGCGACAAAUCUACUGGAAGAGGGACGGCGAAAAUCCCAUGCCACUGAUCCCUCGACUGGGGACUAUAUUUGGAGCCCGGGGUACGAAGACGGUGGGAAACGAGAAGACGAAAGAGAGUUCCCCGUCAUCUAUUUCGACAACUCUCUGUUCCCACAGAACGCCAGCUAUGGGUGGGCGAUGGCCGCCGACCUGCAGGCGUUUGAUUCCGAAGACGCGAGUAUUCCCUAUCUCAAGACCGUGACCGAGUUUCUCAAAGACAGAAAGGACCGUGGCCAGGCCAACGGCUCGGAAGAUGAUGCGACGAGAGCCGAUAGUCAAACCGAAACGCCGGUCGACUCGACACCCAGCGUGCCAGCCGUGCGAGAUGAAAACCAUCCCAUUCCCCAAAUCGACGCAUACUUUAAUGCCGCUCCGCGUUCCGAGUCUGGCAGCGAUUUAGACGACGACGGCUACAGCACAGACGAGUGGUCCCUCGACCCUAGCGAUGACGAGAAAGAUGCCUCCACGGAGACCAACAUCGCGAGCUGCCAGGAUCGGCACAAGCCCCCGGUGGCCAGGAUGGGCACAGGCACCUGCGAGGAGGAUUCGUGGGAUUUGCCAGGCGACACGAUAGUCGACGGCCGUGCAAACGAGCCGAGCCAAACACGUUCUUCCACGCAGCGGGCUGGACUAGCACGACUAGCAUUAGCCUACGGCGAAGGCGCCGCGGAACAGCAAUCCCCCUCGUUGUCGUCGAAGAGCCAGGCGCCGCCGGACACAUCAGCAGCAGCAGCAGCAGCCGAGUCUCGGCCGUCCUGCGCAAACACCACGACGGCAAUCUUCACGCCGAAGCAGCCGGAAGCUCUGGCCCUUUUGACCGGGGGGCAGGACGUUGGGCGCAAGCCCGAAGGCAGUAGUAGUAGUACGCAUCUGAGACACAGUUUUGGGCGGAUCCGCGAGACGUGGCCGGGCUUGGUGCUUCGGCCGGAAGUCCGGACGCCGUCUUCGCCGACGUAUACGGCUCAGCAGCGCAUUACGAUCGAUAAUCUCAUGCACACUGCGGGGAUGCCGAAAGCGCCACUGCACACGAGAUGA